UUAUUUUUUAUUUCAGGGAAGGGAUUCAAAAUUGCUUUUUGAGCGAAAAAUAUAUGCAAUUAAUAUUUAAUCAAAAUUUUAAGUGCAAUCUAUUAACCUUAUCCAAUAAAUUCAAACUCAUGCCUAAUUUUAAAAACAGUUUUACUGAUAAACAUUAAAAAUUUAGAGAGAUUCGUAAUUUGGUAGGCAGUAUUUAAGAGUAAAAAUUUGUGUUAAAAUAAUUUUAAAGGCCAAAACUUUAGUACAACUAAUAAGCAAAUCUUUUUUUUUUGCUCUUGUUCGAAUUGCUAAUUCACCACCUUUAAGAAACCCAAGAUAAUCGCAGCCGUUGAAAUCAGACAACGGGGAGAUGGCUUACACGUUUAUUUGUCGUGUCGCGAUACCCGAGAAGGAUCCAAUAUGGAUGCAAACUGUCCCGUUUUGUCUUGUUCUUUCUCUCAUUACACUUUUUUUUUAGUUUUUCUUUUUCCAAAAGCUGCACGUUCUCUUUGUACUUUCUCCUUUUCUUCUUCUUCUGGCAAGAAACAAGAAACAGAGGAGGGGGCUAAUGGCAGAUUGGGGUCCUGUCUUAGUAGCGACAGUGCUGUUCGUUUUGCUGUGUCCUGGACUUUUGUUUCAGAUACCUGGUAGGAACAAGGUUGUCGAGUUUGGGAACAUGCAAACCGGUGGAGCUUCCAUUCUCGUGCAUGCUGUUAUCUACUUUGGUCUCAUUACUAUCUUUUGUAUUGCCAUUGGAGUUCACAUCUACGCUUCCCAAUGAUCCAGAUUUUGCAUCCUUACUUUCUCAUUUCCAUGGGUUCUUUUUUUUAUUAUUAUUAUGUUCUUGUUGUUGGUUUAUCUUUAUUUGUAAUCAUGGAAGCCAUGUUUUAUGUAGUUGAUCUGUGAAAUGGUUUUGGGUUUAGAACUUUAGAUCCAAUGAACCAUAUUAUUUUCCUUGUGGAGUUUAUGAUUUACAUUUUUGCUAUGUUCUGGGUGCAUUAUCUUAAUGCCUGUCUAUAAAACUGAUGGAUUUGGUCUGUACAGACAAUGAUUUACGGCCGUUUUCAAGGGAAUCUGAACAUUUGAUGUGAUUACGACUCUGCCAUCUGCUUUGUAUGUCCUGUGAAGAAGGAUCAUAUGCAUGCUCCACAAGUAUCAACUUAGGUUGGACUUGGGGGAGGCAAAAGUUGAGUAAUUCAUCAUAAAAUUGGACUGAGAUAAACAGUUCUAGACUUCUAGUUUGAGCUAGCCUAAAAUGAUUGGGCUUAGGAGUGAGCAAAGCUUCGUUUAAUUUUCAAGAGCCUGUGGUCUGCUCAAUAAUGGACUGUCCAAUUAUACUUCAUUGACAAAGGCCAAGGCCAAUGAGAGAAUGGCUAAGGUUGCAUUAGGAAAAUGGCAUUUUAGUGCUGUACUUCAAUGCUGUGAGAAGAAAAGGGAUUUUCAUUCGCUUUCAAAUGAAGUUUAGUAAUGUUUCGAUGGAUGGUUCAUUAUGCUUCCUUUCAAAUGAGGUCUAAAAUGUUUGAAUGAAUUGUGCAGUGUUAAUA